CAGCACCUCACCUCACCCUUGUGUUUCUUCCUCUUCCCCUGGCUCGCGGCGGCGCACUCCGGACGGCGCGCCACCUCGAAGCGAUUCUUCUCCCGGAGUCCUCCUCCUAUUCCUCGGUUCCCCCCCCAGACCGGCGAGGAGCGGAGAUUCUUCCGGACCUGCCUGCAUUCGUUUGCUCUGCUGAUCCAUUGUCGUCGUCAGCAAAUUCAGAAGAGUAGCACAGAUCAAGGAUAACAGUGCACGUUCUGGUUUGCACCUACCAGGGCAAUAUACUGCAGGUUGUGUAGUGAAGUGAAGGUCAGGAUGCGGUUUGCGGUGACAAAAGUGUGCGCUAGUGGAGCAAAGGCUCGCGCGGGGUUGCUCCAGAUUGGAAGCAGCGGUGUUGAGACGCCAGCGCUGCUUUUGUCCACACGCAAGGGGCUGCCGGCGUUUAUGUCUCCUGACCUGCUUUCCUCCCUCCCCCUUCCAGACUCCCUCCUCCUCAAUGUCUGCCCAACCCACUUUAUAGAGGUUCCUCCAUCAAAAACCAUAUCUAAUAUUGGUGGUUUGCAUCGUAUGCUGGGUCUGCCUGAUCAUAUCCUCGUAGCCGCGGCUGGUGAGUCUACCGAGUGUUUACCAUCAAGUGACGCCACCAAUAAAUUUGGUGCAUCUUUUGAAACACCUGCGGGUCGUAAACUGGUCAAACCAUCAGACUAUAUGGAGUUGAUUUCCUGCUUGCAACCUAAUUUGUGGGCAAGCUUGGCAGAUGAGGUUCCAGCCUGGGUUAAUGAGAAACGGAACAAAACAUCUGUUGAGCGAACACUACGCUGGCUUGACGCAUGUAUUGCUUUGGAUGCGGCUUCUGGGAGAAACUCUUUAGGUGUAGUUGUUGGGGGGUCUAGUAUAGAACAACGAAAACUGUGUGCCACUGAAGUAUCGAAGAGGAAUGUAUCAGGCUUUUGGAUUGGAGGGUUUGGCCUUGGAGAGAGUGUGGAAGAACGUUGCAGUUUACUCAAUGCAGUAACAGAUUGUUUGCCAUUGGGGAAACCUCGUAUUGUCUCUAGGCUUGGGCUUCCAGAGGAGGUCUUGGAGGGUGUAGUCGAUGGCUGUACCUGCUUCACGUGCCAGAAUCACACCCGUGCUUACCUCAAUCAUCUGAUCAAUGUCCACGAGAUGCUGGCUCAGAUUCUACUGGAGAUACAUAACACGCAUCACUAUCUCCGGUUCUUCCGGUCGAUACGGGAGGCGAUCAAGGCCGGAGAGUUCGACAUCUUCUGGAAGCAGUUUGUUGAGAACAGGCGCUCCCAGAUUGCUGCUGCUGCGAUGUAGAUCUUGUCCAUGCAAGAUUUGUCCAGUUGUGAUAAGAAGAACUCUCCACGUGUGGCGUUAUCGGGAGGUUUUUUGAAGGUGGGGACUUUGGACAAUGUGUUAGAACCUGAAGACAGUUUGUCGUCCGGUUGGCUUGUCAGAGGAACCUGACAGGGUUAAGUGGACACUCACCAGUUCCGGGGUUUUAACAGUUGUUAGUUCACUGUAUGCAUACUCGAUCAGUCUCAGGAUUAAGCAUUUGUGAUAACUGCAUUUACUUUUAAAGGUUAAGGUUUUCUGUUGGCU